AUGAGAUCCAACGGUUUUGAAAUGUUUGUCCAGUCAAAUCAUAGAAAAAACUUUAAUAGAUUCUUCUCGGCAAAUUUAAAAGAUGCUCCGUCCACCGGCGGUACUGCCCUGGCACAAGCGUUGUGGUAUCCGCCCGAUCUGAAGCGUUGCGCCAACAUCAGCAGCAAUAUGCUCGCGGUGGAGCACGUGCGCAGCUGCGGAACACGUGAUUACUCUUUUAUCUCAACCGAAGGCGGCUCCUUCAAAGCAGUACAACACAAUCCCCCUAACUUCUCUAUGCUCAGAGCUGAAGAAUACUGUCAUGUGUUUAAUAGAGGCAAUUAUUGUAUCCUAUCGAGUUACAACAAAUGGAUGUUGUUGAAAUGUAUCGAGGUAAUAGAUCUAGCUGGAGUUCCACAUGAGCUCCUGUGGAACCCAGCCACCAACGAGAUGAGACCUCUUCCUUUCUUUGCUUGGUCGCCACUCUUUCAUGAUAUCAAUUUUGAAGUUGAAUGGAAUUGUCACAGCAUAGGGUUUGAUCCUGCAUCUGAUGACUAUAAGGUGGUCCGAUAUGGCCUUUUGGAAGGGCAUUGUUGUGGGCAGGUGCGGGUGGAGGCCAAAGCCCACACUGCAUUGUUCUCCCUCAAAACUGGUUCUUGGAAGAGAAUUCUGUAUCCUCAUUGUCCAUACACGAGACCCAUUCCACGCACUUGUGUUCACAUAAAUGGCAUUUCCUAUUGGAUAGCCGCCACGGUCUCGGAACCGGCCCGUUUAGGUACCGCUAUUGUUUCAUUCGACUUUACCAAUGAGAAUUUUCCGGAACUUAUCCCAACCCCGGAUAGCGAUAGACUCGUUCACCCACGUUGUCUUGACAUUGCCGAGGUUCAUGGGUCGCUUGCCGCUAUUGUAUCUAAGUACCUGCCUGAUGAUGAACCUGUUGUAAAGGAACCUUUUGAAUUCGAGAUUUGGGUAUGGAAUGACGGAUGGUCUUUUGAUUCUACUUACACUGUCCCUCUUCUUGAUGAUUAUGUUUGUGUUGAGGCUGUAUUGGGCCUCUACAGGAAUGAUAAAGUUGUGCUUUUGGGGUCCAAUUAUUCCCUACUGCUUUACGAUUGUCAUAACCGGGUGUUGAAGGAUCUCAGCCUCCGUGACGAAAUUGGGACUUACGUCGUUUAUCCACAAAGUGGAGCUGUACGCGGAUUAAGACUUACUUGUUUCUCCGCCAUCCUUGCAGUAUUGAACCUGAUGUAUGGGUAUACCGAUCUUGGUAGGAAUCAUUAUUGUCGGCUAUUAGCAAAUAAGGGCUCGGUGGUCGAGAAUAAUAUUUUCUCCAGGAAUUGGACGAUGAGCUGCAAGAUUCCCCUCUAUGAUUUCCUGGAGGCGAGGGGUUUAGACGAUAAGCUGGCUGAAUUUCUGCAUCGGCACAUGAGCGAGUACCUACGUUGGAUUGAGAACGUCAAGUAUUUUAUUCAGAAGGAAAAAACGAAGUCUUGUAAUCUUUAA